GGGUGGGAGCGACCUGGGAGCCCGCGCCAUGGCGGAGCAGGUUGGCCCUGCCCCACCCCCAAUAUACGUGGGGGGCAGCAGCAGCAGUGACAGCGAGGGGGAGCUUGUGAGACCCCCGAGGGGGGCAGCGGGGCAGCCGCGCCCCAAGCGCCGGCGUGUCCUGUGCAGCACCGAGAUCCCCGCUGUGCCUGUCUACUCGAACAAGGUGAACAGCAGCUUCCAACUGUGCCCCGCGGAGCUGCGCCAGGAGGUGCCCGCCCUGCAGUGGCAGGGAGGGGCGGAUCUGGACGUCGAUGAGAUUGGCCCUGUCACGCCCCCCCGGCCGGAGCGGCCUCACGCCCCACGCCUCCCCCAGGGCCCCUGCACUGACUGGCCAGAGGAGGAGCUGCAGCAGCAGGGGGCAGCGAGAACGGUCCGGGACGAGUCUCCCUCUCCCCCUCCCCCACCACAGCCCACACGCCGGCAGAGGGGCCGGACCCGACGGGAGGUGGCACGCCAGCUGCGGGGUCUCAGCACGUGGCUUUCGGCCGCCCAGCGCAGCCUGCGGGAGGAGCCACCCGAGGAUGACGUGAUCCUGGUGGAGCCGCCCCCGUCCCCCGCGCCCCGGCAGCUGCAGCUCAAGGUGCGGUGCCGGGCCGAGAUCCACCGCGUCGCCAUGGAGAUGUCACAGCCCCUGCAGGCGGUGGUGGAGCACAUGGCCGGGAGGCUGCAGGUCCGGCCGGAGCAGAUCCUGCUGCUGCUGCGAGACACAGAGCUGCCCCCCGACAGCACCCCCCUGGGCCUGGGCCUGGGCGUGGCCGACAUCAUCGAUUGCGUGGUGGACAUGGCAGCUGGGGAGCCGCAGGGUGGGGGAGAGCCGGGGGCCAGGCCGGGCCCUGGGGAGCUACGUCUGACCGUGCGAGGCCAGGAGAAGGACUCACAGCUCACACUCAAUGUGCCCAGGGCGGAGCCGCUGCACUGGCUGAUGGAGCGCUACCAGGAGGCCAUGGGGCUGGGUGGCCACCAGCUCCGCUUCUUCUUCGACGGGCAGCGCCUGGCGGGGACCCGCACGCCCGAGCAGCUGGGCAUGGAGCCCGACGACGUCAUUGAGGCCUGGGCCUAGCCCCCCCGGGAUGCCCCCGCCCCUGCAUAGCUGGACAUGGAGCCCGAUGGAGGCCUGGGCCUAGCGCCUCCUCCCCCCCCCGCGGGAUACCUCCCCACAGCUGGGCACGGAGCCGGCUGCUGCUGUCCCUGAGCCUGGGGGAUCCCCCUUCCUACCCCCUGCAGCAGCUGGGCACGGCCCUGCCCCCACUCCCUGCACCUAGGCAUGGCCCGGAGCCUGCCCAUCAUGUCAGCGAGGCCUAGACCCAGACCCAGCCCCGCCGACCUGUUCUGUAAAUAGGGGACUUUAGGGGCGUUUAUCCCCAGCACUGAGGGGGGCGAAGCUGCUUUUAUGAAAUAAAUAAAUGAACCCAGCUGUC